ACCGUUUCGGCGUCUUCCUCACUUUCUUCUCCAUUCAUCAUCAUCAUCUCUCUCUCUCUUUCUCCAAGUUUCGAGCCGGAUUCGUAAGUUCUCGGUGUUUUCCAGUUAUCUGGACACUACUUGAUUCUUCCUUUUUGCCUGUUAGAUCGACACGUGGAUUAUCCUCCUCUACUUGGUGAAGCCUCACUCAUACUUUCUUCAAGUUCGUAUAGCUCCGGAUCCGGUUUCGUUUUAAAUCAACUUUUCGACGGUUGAAUAGUCGACUUCUCCGAGUUUCGAUUUCGCGCCGGUCUGGUGAAGAAAUAGCGAUUUAAUCAACUACUUUCUUUGGAGAUUCCGUGUGCGAUUACCGAUUUCGUUUAUCUGGAUUGAAAACUUGCUGAAUCUGCUUUGCUGGUGAAGUAAUAAUCAAGCUGCUUCCGUGAUUAGCGAUGAGAUCUGGAGUUUUUAGUUUUAGGAUCUUACAGCUAAAUUAGGAUCUUACGAGUAACUUCGGAUUUGCCAUAGUGUUUAGGCUACUUGAUAGAGUGAUCUUACGAUUUGCUAGAGUGUUUAGGCUACUUGAUAGAGUGAAUCAGAGCAUACCUUUAGAUCAGGUUGUUUAGAUUGAUACUAGACAUUGAUAUAACUCUUUAUUUAGUUGUUAACGAUGCAGACUAGGGUUGUACAGUUGGAAGAAGGAAAAGAAAAUGGAAUCUCGGUUAGAACAGGGCAGCACAAGGCAUUUCGACCGAAACUGCUUCUUGUGCUAGGCCUUUUUCUUGCUUUCUCUGCUACUGUCUUCAUCAUUAGUGUAUCUACAAUCAAGUAUACUGGUAUACAAAAUGUAGUAACCACAGUCACUUCUAGCUUUGUGCCAUGCCGUGAGGAGGAACCGAGUGGUUUAAGUAGAUGGAUACAACCUCCUCUUGUCCUGAUGCAUAACAUGACCGAUGAAGAGCUUCUUUGGCGUGCGUCUUUCUGGCCUCGGAGAAAAGAGUAUCCGUUUAAAAGGGUUCCAAAGAUCGCCUUCAUGUUCUUGACUAAAGGCCCCUUGCCGCUUGCUUUGCUUUGGGAGCGGUUUCUCAAAGGUCACAAAGGGCUUUACUCGGUUUACAUUCAUCCCCACCCAUCUUUUACAUCCAAGUUUCCAUCUAGUUCUGUUUUCUACCGGAGGCAGAUACCGAGCCAGGUUGCAGAAUGGGGGAGAAUGACCAUGUGCGAUGCAGAGAAGCGGCUUCUCGCCAACGCGCUGCUCGACAUCUCCAACGAGUGGUUCGUUCUCGUCUCGGAGUCAUGCAUUCCACUCUUCAACUUUACAACCAUCUACAGCUACUUAAGCCAAUCAAAACACAGCUUCAUGGGUGCUUUCGAUGACCCUGGACCGUUUGGGCGCGGCCGCUACAACCCGAACAUGGAACCUGAAGUUCCCAUCACCAAAUGGCGAAAAGGGUCUCAAUGGUUUGAGAUAAACCGGGAACUCGCAGCUACCAUUGUCAAAGACACAUUGUAUUACCCGAAAUUCAAAGAGUUUUGUAGGCCUGCUUGCUAUGUGGACGAGCAUUACUUCCCGACGAUGUUGACAAUUGAGAAACCAGUGGUCUUGGCGAACCGGAGCUUGACGUGGGUGGACUGGUCGAGGGGCGGGCCACACCCGGCGACAUUUGGGAGAUCGGACAUUACAGAGAACUUCUUUGGAAAGAUCUUUGAUGGAAGAAACUGCACUUACAAUGGUCGCAACACUUCAAUGUGUUAUCUCUUUGCGAGGAAGUUUGCUCCGAGUGCUUUGGAGCCUUUGCUUCACAUAGCUCCCAAGAUUUUGGGAUUUUGAGUUACUUAGUAGUGUCUCUGAACCCCUCUUGAAAUCAGAUAGAGAUCCUUAUAUGGAUGUGAUAUGGAUUCUGUGGGAAAUUUUACGCCAAUAUUAUUUGAUUUUGUUUAGGAGGAAUGAGAUAUUCGAAUAGAUAACGUUGCACAA